GCCGCAGCUGAGUUGACAGGAGGCUGUCCUUGGCUAGCAGCGUUAGCUACAGCGAGCUAUACCGCACACAUACAACACAUAUGCAAACUGUUAUAUAUAUUUUUUCUCUUUAUGACGAGGUGAUGGUCUUGUGACUCUGCUCCACCCCUCAGGUAAGAGCUGAGGGUCGGGCUGAUGUCAUCCAGUCAGGGUGAAGGAGGGGGUCUUUCUGAGGCUGCCCCAGACAACAACACCAAGGACCUGUUUGACAACCCGCUUCAAACUGCUGCAACAUGCAACACUCCUGAAACACAGGUUUCUCCUGUUUUGGAUGAAGCUUCUCCUUCCUCUACAUCCUCUUUUGAGAUGCUUGACAUGGAAUCGGUUCCACCUCCAUACCAAGAGGUGCAGCCUCACUGGUUCUUCUGCCGUCGGGCAGAUGACUGCACUUCCUGGCAUCCCUUCAGCAGAGAGGACUCUGACAAACUAGAAAACGCUUGCAACACUGUGAGAGAAAAGGGGGAGGAUGUGGUGGUCGCUGUGGAAGGCGAGCGCUAUGAUGUACACGUCAAGGAGAGGAAGCUCUAUGCUGUUUAUUGGGAUCAAGCUCCUGCAGAGGUUCGCCGCUGUACCUGGUUUUACAAAGGAGAUAAGGACACAAGAUUCCUGCCUUACUCUGAGGAAUUCAGCCAAAGUCUGGAGGAAGCCUAUAUGAUAGCAGUGACCUUAGAUGAAUGGAAAAAGAAACUAGACUUUCCCACUGGAGAGACUGUCAUCUUGCACAACCCUAAGCUGAUAAUGCAUUAUCAGCCAUUUGGAAUGCAGGAUGAUUGGGUGUCCUCUCCGUCAGAGCAGACACGACCUCGCACAGUCAAGAGGGGGGUAGAAAAUAUCUUUGUAGAAAUACCAGAUGGUGAACCGGAGAAAGUGGAUCACUUGGUCUUCAUGGUCCACGGCAUUGGUCCUGCAUGUGAUUUACGCUUUAGAUCCAUUAUACAGUGUGUAAAUGACUUCAGGAGUGUUUCGCUGUCGCUCCUGGCCACCCAUUACAAGCGUUCUCAGCAGGAAGGCCAUGUCGGUCGAGUUGAAUUCCUUCCUGUCAACUGGCACAGUGCUCUGCAUGGUGACGCCACCGGUGUGGAUGAGGACAUCCAGAGGAUCACUCUACCUAGCAUCAGCCGCCUCAGGCAUUUCACCAAUGAUACUCUGCUGGACUUAUUUUUCUACAACAGCCCCACCUACUGCCAGACCAUAGUGGACACAGUGGCCUCAGAAAUUAACCGGCUGUAUGUCCUGUUCAAGCAGAGACACCCUGAGUUCGAUGGAGCAGUUUCAGUAGUAGGACAUAGCUUGGGUUCUCUGAUUCUGUUCGACCUGCUAACCAAUCAGAAGGAUGGAUCCAAACCAGGAAGAGUAUCUUCGGGUGAACAGUCUUCUUUUAACAGCGAUACAUUGGAGCAGACUCUGACAAAACUAGGCCUCCAACAGUACCUGGGAACACUGCUGGCAGAAAAUGUCGACAUGGAAGCACUGGCUCUCUGCCAAGACAGUGAUCUUAGAGAUUUAGGAAUUCCUCUCGGACCUCGAAAGAAGAUUUUACACUACAUCAAAAAGAAGAGGCUUCCACAGGACUGUAAGGCAGCAGCGGGGAAUCAGACCUCUGAGUCUGCUCCACCUCAAGUGACCAGUGAUGGUAACCAGCCCUCAGGACCAGAAGCACAGCAACCCCUCUUCCACAGAGAGCCUUCUAUCACCAGCGCUGUGGACUAUGAAUACUUCGAUGUCGGCAUCGGACAGGUGUCCGUCGAUUACCCUCAGCUGGCGUUUUACCCUCAGACGUUCUUUGCUUUUGGUUCUCCGAUCGGAAUGUUCCUGACUGUACGAGGACUGAAACGCAUUGAUCCAAACUACUCAUUCCCAACCUGCAAGAGUUUUUAUAACAUCUACCAUCCAUACGACCCAGUUGCCUAUCGGAUUGAGCCCAUGAUUGUUUCGGAGGUGGAUCUGGAGCCAAUGCUUAUACCCCACCACAAAGGCCGAAAGAGGAUGCAUCUUGAAUUGAAAGACAGCUUAACCAGAAUGAGUAUGGAUUUAAAGAACAAUGUUUUGGGAUCAUUGCGGACAGCUUGGCUGUCCUUCACCAGACUACCAGUUGCAGCACUGCCCCCAGUGGAUGAGCGAGAAACUACGAAUGACACAACCCCACAGGAAGAACAAGGGAUCUACACAGAAGCUGAAUGUUCAGGUUCAGCAGAGCAGACUGAUCAGCCUGAGAUAGAAAUGGGGAUGCUGAACGGAGGACGCAGGAUUGACUAUGUGCUCCAGGAAAAACCUAUCGAGAGCUUCAAUGAAUACUUGUUUGCCAUCCAGUCUCACCUCUGUUACUGGGAAUCUGAGGACACGGCUCUACUGCUGCUGAAGGAGAUUUAUGACAAGCUUGGUGUUGCUUUCGAACAGCCACAGCAGUAACAAAUGAGUGUGAAUGUAUUUAUGCUUUCUUUAUCCGUUAUCUGGAAGUGAAGGAAAACCGAUUGAGACAGAAACUAAACAGACAAUCCUCUCCAGAAUGCCUUACUGUCUGUGUUUUGUUUUUUGUUUUUUGUUUUUUCCAACUGCUGCCUGGUUGGUUUGGUGCAUCCAGGUAGUCUUGGUGUAUAUGUUUGUCAAAGCAUGAUUUUGGAAAUGUUGGCUCUUCAGCCAUUUCUACAAUCCAAAUGUUUGAGUUGGGUUCUAAUAUUUCCUGAAGACCCGCAUCGAAGCACCUUUUUGAUGAGAUGUUAUCAUUUCUUGGCACUUUCAUAGUAAACAUGACGUCAUGAAAGGUUAUGAUUAUAAUUAUUAAACGCACAAUGUAUAAGAGGGUAAUUAGUUUUCAGCUGCCAUAUAUUUCAAGUUAGAAGAAAAAAAGGUUAGUUUUUUUUAAACUUCACCUUUAUUUAAUGUUGUAACAUAUAUUGACAGACAUAAGCUAUUGUCCCAAAAGAAACAGGUGAGGGUUUUGAUUUCUGUCUAACAAUGAAGGUUUUAUUUCUGUUACAAGUAUUAUUUUUGACAGCUAUUUAUUUACCUUUUGUAAUAAAAAGGCUUUAAACAAAAAGCUGCCACACUUGUAUUUCAGUUAUAUAGUUAUGUGAGCUUCCCUCAUUUCCUUUAAUUCAACAUAUUGUGUUAUGUUGUUUGAUUACAUUUGUAUUUAAUUAUUCAUGCACCUGUCGUAUCAAUCCAAAUAAUGAGUUGAUGCCAUGGGAAAAGUUGGCUUUUUAAGAGGCAGCAGGAUUGUCUUUUCAUUAGGUUUGUAUGUAUGCAACAUAUCUUUUUUGUAUCUACUACAAAGUAUUUAUAGAUUUAACCUUCUUCAUCAAUACGUCAUCAAAGACAGAAACACUUUUUUAUCCCUACCAGCACUCUAUACAUAAAAUGUGUGUUUGUGUGUGUGAAAUACCCAAAAUAUGCCCAUUUCUCUGUCAUCCUUUGUCCUCAUGUAUAAAUUAUCUUUCCUGUCUGUACCGCAUGCAUUUGUGUUUGUUUAGAGAUUCUCUGCAUAUUUAAGUCCAUGAUUUCAGUUCUUUUUAGGCAACAAACUAUAAAACAAUUUUUAUAUAUUUUAUUAUUUAGAAAGCAAAAUGUUAACUUGCGUUGUCGCUUUAUUUUAAAGGGAAUUACAGGUAUCGCCUUGUUGAAAAAAAGAAUCCCAGAAUAAAUCUUUUAUAGUAAUAUAAAUUGGUAGGAAUUUUUUAAUGCUUUAUGGAAACCACAGCCCUGCACCAACCCUGUAGUGUUCUCAGUCAACAAUAUCCUUCCACUCUCGCCAUUGUCUCCGUAAAUGUCAGUCACAUCAAUUACAGCAAAGUUUAACUCCAUUAAAUUGAUCCUAGUUUCCAUGACCUCUAUUGUAGCACUCCAGUCUUUGAUUCAAGCCAAAAAGGUGCAUUCCUCUCUAAACAAACCCCUUAAUGAAUGUGGUUACAUGGCUUAUGUCUCAUAAUAAAAAUAUUAUUUGAGUUCUG